UAGAGGUCGCUGUGUCAGUGUUUACAAUAUUUGGAACAUGUUUCAACUUAUUUUUGAUUUACUAGUGCAAUGAAGUAUUAGAUCUGCAUUUUGUAAAGAAAAUGGGACCAAAAGAAAGACUUAGCCAAGAGGACAUAAAAAUUGUGCGUCAGGCGAAUCUCCUCCUGGAACAGCUGAAUGCGGGCAGCAGUCUGAGUUGUGUGGAGGACAUUAACGCCGCUGUGUAUGUCACGUUGUUUGAAGGUCUCUGUGGGGAGAAGUUACAGGGUGUCAUACAGAAGCCAGUCAGUAGGGAAGAUGAGAUACAAAAUGUACAGUUAGUAAUAGAUAUCUUAUCUCGAGAUAUUCUUCACACAUCACUCGCUCACAUCACAGGACGAGACACUAUUGAUGGAAAUCGCGAGUCCAUCCUUAACUUGCUAGAGAUAUUUGGAGGACUUCUAGAGUAUAUUUUGAACAAAAUAGAAAGUGAUGUUUCAACAGAUGGGGAAGGUGAUCCAGAUGAACUGGAUGAAGAUCCGGAUGCUGUACAUCCGGAAGUGAUUGACAAAAUCUUAGAACGGGAGCUCCAGCAGAACUACAGUCUGGAGGGGAGUCCAGAACGAAUCACCCCCAAAGGUAGUCCUGUCAGGAGGUCUCCCCUCAAAUCCCCAAAGUCUCAGCUCAGGAGGAAAACACUGUUAAGUCCCUCCAAAGCUUCUAAAAUCAGUAGUCCUUCUCCAAAGAAAACUUUGAGUGAAACUGAAGACCUGAUUGCUGCAGUAAAUGACACUUCAACUGGAUGUAAAGAACCCACAGUCAGCACAGACCAAAAUUCUACCAAUGAACUUAUCAAAGAGGGAGAGAAUCUAGAAAAAGAUUUGCUGUCAGAUAGAUACAGACCAGGCAAAACAUCAGCACAGAUAAGAGAAGACCUAGCCAGACAUAGAAGAGAUCUUGGUCUUCCUAAAGAUCCCUUUUCAGACCUAGUUCCAGUGACUGAAACAGAUGACAAAAAGCAGAGUAACCUGAAGAUGGCCAGCAGUAGAGGUACAGAGUCGUACGAGAACUUACGUAACCUGGUAGAGGAGACAGCUGCCAUGGCGGAGGAGGCCCUGUACUGUAGUCCUAACCAGGCCAGGACCAUCCUCAGAAGUAUGGAGAAUGAUUAUAACACGGGGAAGUUCACCAGAACACACCCCAGUCCAAAGAAAGACCUAUUUGGAAGUCCAACCAGAAAAACAAAGAGUCCAACUCGUGUCUCAGAGGAUGAAUUCUUCUCGGAUUCAGAGCUGACACCAAGCCGUGCCAAGAGGAAGGUGUCCUUUAUGGUAGAGCGGUCUACAACCUCAGACUCCAGCCCCAGCUUCUUAAGGACUGCCCCCAGAUAUAAACCUAAAACUAAGACAGCCUGGACUGAGAAGAAGGAGGGAUCAAAGAAAGCCAGUCGUCCUCGUCAGGACAAUACACAAAGGAGGGGCACCUCGGGGGACAGCAGUCUCUUUGACUUCGAGAAAAACCCCGCCAACUUUUCCUACGAUGAUUACUUAAAGAAACAGUUCCAUGAAAUCAUUGAUGAUGUUCUGAGUGAGGACGAGGCCAUGCCGGCCAGAUUUAGGUCACGGAACGAUCAGCAAAAAAUUCACUCAAGUCGAUUAGGCAGUAAAUCAAAGGGAAAUUACUCCAUCUCUGAUACACAGCGACUGUUGAAUAAUGAAAAAGGUGUCAACAAACGAAAAGUCGAUUUUCUACAAAGAAUAUACAGAGAAGAUUUAGAUGAACUUCAGAAUGAAGCAGAGUAUGGAUUAAGUCAAGAUAGGAAGGGUGCUAAACAGGUGGAAGAUGUAUACAAGAAGAAAGUGUUGACAGGUCCCAAGGCCAGUGUUAAACCAAAGGAACCAGGAAUGAAGAAGAAAAUGCCAGUUCACAAGCCCAGUGUGUGUAGUAAAGCUAAACGAAAAUCUCCUAGUGGUGCAACAGCUAUACCCAAACAGAAAAUGACGAUUAAGGAUGAUGAGGACAUAUUACCCCUGCUGCUGAAGGAGUUCCCUCACCUCCACCUGUCCCUCCACACCUGGCACGAACUAUGGAGGAAGGGCAUCCACCAGAUAGAGCAGGUCACACGGGCCAACCAGGAAGUCCGACGCAAAAAGAGUAAAGCCAAGGCUGAGCUGGAAGAGGCAGAAAAACGACAUGAAAUCAUGGUCAAUAUAAUGAAGAAAGAAUUGGAGCAUGGUCAGCGUAUGAAAGAAAUUAAAGAAAGACAAAAGCAGACAGUGGCUGCCAAGAAUCUGAUCCAAGAGAAGCGAGCUCAGUCAGCUCGAUCUCGUAAAUAUUACGACGAUUACCAGGUCAGGAUGAGAUCCAAGAUGCUCAAGAGGCGCACUCGAGAAGAAAUGAUAUUCCGCAAACUUUUUAAAGAUGGAUUGGAUAUCCAAAAGGACCGUGUGCGAGAGUUGAAGAAAUAUGCCCAGGAACAGCGGGAUUCUCAGGCCAGUGCUCAAAGGAACGAGAUUGAGUCCAUGGAGAACUAUUACCGUGAUCAAUUUGAAAUGCUGGCAGAAUCCAUAAGUAAGGAAAGAAAAGAAAUUUUAAUCAGAGAAAAGGCCCAACAGAAGGUACUAGAACAGAUGAAGAAAGAGUUGCGUAAGAAGAUGGAGUCAGAGAUCCACUUGUUACAGGAUCAGCUGGUAAGGGACGAUGACGACGCGUACUUCCGACAACUCGACGCAGAUCGCGUCAUUCACAACUUACAGCUGGCCAAAUAUCACGUCAACGUAUAGUGUAUGGACAUAACAUUAAACACUAACUGUGAUAUAUUCCUGGGAUCUUUAUCCAGUGGUAAAGAAAACCAGGGUCUAAUUUAUUUUUUUCAAAUAGAAAAUGAACUGUGCAUGAGAAAAAAAUGACUAUAAUGAUUUUUUUCAUUAAAAAAAAAACACUAAAGUAAUAUUAGUCCUUAUACAGAAAUCUGCUUCAGAAUCUGUUUUAAAACCACAACAGAAAUACUGAGUAUUUCUGAUCUGAUAUACAGGUACAAUCAUGUACAAUGUACGUACACAAUCAUGUACAAUAUCAUUCACUUGUCUAUCAUGAUUAUGACAAAGUAUUUUUAGACUUUAUGUGUAAGUACUUGCAAUAGUCUA